AUGGCUGCAGCGAUGUCUUCUUCUUGCUGCGUUUCGUCGCUUCGUCUAGUCCCUUUCAAACAGUCCAUGAUUUCUUCCGUUCAUUAUCCGGUAAAACCCCUGAUUUCCCCCCCAAUCCUCUCUUUUCGUCGGACAAUUGUCACGUUCCAGAAAAUAUCAACCCGAAUCACUCGUCCGCCAUCGGCUUCAUCAUCUCCGUCGAGCUCUGGAGACUUUGAACCAAUCGAAGAUCUUCCUCCGAAGCUACAAGAGAUCAUCAAGCUAUUCCAAUCGGUACAAGACCCCAGGGCUAAGUACGAGCAGCUGCUGUUCUACGGUAAGAAUCUGAAACCGCUUGAUUCUCAAUUCAAGACGAGAGAGAACAAAGUACAAGGAUGCGUGUCUCAGGUAUGGGUUAGGGCUUUCUUCGACGAGGAACGAAACGUCGUGUACGAAGCCGAUUCCGAUUCGGUUCUCACUAAAGGGCUAGCUGCUCUGCUAGUUCAGGGUUUAUCUGGAAGUCCCGUGCCUGAGAUUUUGAGGGUAACACCUGAUUUCGCUCUUCUUCUCGGUUUGCAGCAGAGCCUGAGUGCUUCUAGAAACAAUGGAUUCCUUAAUAUGCUCAAGUUGAUGCAGAAGAAGGCUCUUCUUCUGGAAGUCAAAUCUGAGGAGGAUACAAGUUCUGGAGAGGUUUCAGAAUCCAGCUUCGAAACUACUCCUGAAACAGUCGACGAAGCAAGUGUUCUGGAGGGGGAUUCAGACUCCAAACCUAGCUUAGUUGAGGAUUUGGAAGCAGAAAAGAUUGAAGAAGUAGAUACUGGGUCUGAUGUUGUUGCUUUAGGGAGUAGAGGAAUGAGGAUAAGAGAGAAAUUGGAGAAGGAGCUAAGUCCUGUUGAGUUGGAAGUUGAAGAUGUUUCUUCUCAGCACGCAGGACAUGCCUCUGUUAGAGGCACAGAUGGGGAAACACAUUUUAACCUGCGAAUCGUUUCGGAUGCUUUCCAAGGUAAAAGUUCGGUCAAGAGACAUAGGAUGAUACAUGACUUAUUGCAAGAGGAGUUGCAGAGCGGGUUACAUGCUCUCUCUAUUGUCGCUAAGACUCCGUCUGAGGUUUGA